AUGAGUUCAACUCUAUUGUCUUCUAAAAAGUGGCUGAAAAAAGGAGACGAGAAGCUGGUGAGGACAGUGACACGUGUAGCCCUAAUGGCUUGUGCCUGUGGCUUUGUCUUUGCCAAGUCGUAUUGUGAGGUGGGACUGAGUCCAGCCAAAUGUCCAUUCCCAUCGGCAGCCCAAUCAGGCUGGGAAUUCUGGGAGUUCUGCAAGUGUUCACAGCUGUGUAUGGAUCCAGCUGACACCAGCUCCCACGGACACAGAGAACGACGGCAAUACAGACAGACACAGACAGAGAAUCACCCAAAGGGGAGGAAAGAAGGGACUAGAGGUCUCACACAACCUGUUAUGUUACUCAAAAACACCCAGUCUGACCAACAGAGAGACUCCCAUAGAGUGGGUUCUAAACGCAAUAGAUUGUUGCCAAAUAUUGUAAUAUGAGACUUUAUUGUCCACUAGCAGAUGUUACAAAAUUGCCUUCUUGUGUUAACAAAGUUGUUUUGGUGUUCAGUAAAGAUGUAGUCCAACAAAAACCAGUGCUCUCCCAAAGGCUUUCUUGGUUGGGGUGUAAAACCAGCAAAAAUGUAACAUAAUCUUCCUGCUUUCCCAUUCCUCCCUGCCAUCCCCACCUCCACUCCCAUCCCUCCCUACAGCUCCGUACGUGAGCUUCAUCCAGAAGGAUCCGGGCGCUCCGUGCUCACUGACAGAGGCUCUGGAAUACCUCCAGGUGGACGUCCUGGAGAACCUGUUCAAGAAAGACAGCCUGGCCUCCAAUCAGAAACAGCCACCCAAGAACAAGCCCCACAACAUUACCGUGGUUGCCAUGGAGGGCUGUCACUCAUUCGUCAUCCUGGACUGGGCCAUCCCCCUGAAGGACGACAUGGUGUCAGGUGAGUGGACUGGACUGGGCCAUCCCACUAAAGGACGACAUGGUGUCAGGUGAGUGGACCACAAUGUCACGCAGGGUGACUAGCAGCUUGCUAGUCCUGUAAAUGCAAUGUGAGAGUUGUCAAGAGUAUUCUGUCAGUGCUUCAAGCAGUUAGUGUGCACUUAGUCUGACUUCAACUUUUCUUUCCUGACCCAUUUCUUGUGCUUUUCAAAGGAUCACAGCUGGUCAGCAGAAAGAAUCUAACUGGUUGUUGAUGUACUAGUAAGCUGCUAGUUAGAUUUUAUGGACUCGCACGACCCCAAUGUUUUAGACAUCACAGAGUUUUGAUUACUGUAAAGGAGACUGUACUUGACCCCCCCCCCCCCCCCCCCCCCCCCCCCCCCCCCACUUGCUUUCCGAUAUCUCUCUUUCGCUCUCAUGUGGUUUUCCAGAUGUGUUGCAACUUGUGGUACUUAUCCCCCUCUCCUCUUCCCCUGUCUCUCAUUCAUGUUGUUUAGGAUCAUCACUGGGCUAUUUGUUAUCAUAUUCUACAGUGCCUGUCUUCUCUCAGUUGUCAGGAAAAUAAGAAAGAGAGGGAGAGAGGCAGCAGGGGUGAGAGAGAAUGAAAGAGGGAGGAGAGAAGGAGAAGAAGUGAGUGACAGGCUGCAAUAGUGGGAGAGAAAGAGGGAACAACACAAUCUUGAGCCAGCUGUGUUGUCCAGGCUCCAGCAGAAAUAUUAGGCCCUAAAACAUCCAAUAGGAACACAUCAUGGCUUGAUGUGGCGAGAAGCGUGAAAUGGGGAGCGUGGCGCUCAUAGAGUUUCCACUGGCUGAGUGGCAUGAUCUGAGCAUUCCAUGAACUCAGGACUGGACUCACACACUGGCCUGGGGCUUUAUGGAGGAUUACCCUCCUGUGUGUGUGAGAGUAGAGACAAAAGAAGAGGUGAGAAACAGAAAGGCUCGGUAUGGGUAGUGGUUGGCAGAUCCACAAUGUGACUUACUGAGGCUGUCUCUAGUUUAAAACCACUGAUGCCUUUAAAAUGAGUUGGGAUUGUUCUCCUGGCUCCAAUCACUCUCCUCUCAAAUGCAAACAUUUCCUCUGAAACCUUAGACCACCCUUACCUUUGGCUACCCAUCAAAACCAACAUGGCUACCUCUUUCUCAAACUUCAAAAUGGAUCUGUCUCUCCUCUCUAACCUCUGGGGAUCUUUGCCUCCUGACCCUUGCCCUGUGUGUGACCCCUGCAGGCUACAUGGUCCACAGCGCCUCAUAUGACGACAUCCUCAACAACAGGUGGUCCUCCAGCGCUUCCAGUGGCACACACCUGGCUGUAGAGAACCUCAAACCCAACUCCAGGUGAGAAUAUGCUCUGUGUGUGUGUGUGUGUGUGUGUGUGUGUGUGUGUGUGUGUGUGUGUGUGUGUGUGUGUGUGUGUGUGUGUGUGUGUGUGUGUGUGUGUGUGUGUGUGUGUGUGUGUGUGUGUGUGUGCGUGUGUGCGUGUGUGUGUGUGCAUGUGUGUGUAGUAUAUUCAAUGUCCAAAUUCUGGGUAUAAUCUUACGCGAGGGGCCGGUUAUACAAACAAAAUAUUUUAUUUUACGGGUCAUAGAUUCUAUACCCAUGUGUGUGCAGUAUGUGCAGGUGUUUGGCUGCGUGUUUGCAUCUGUGUUUAAGUGUUUAUAACUAUAGGGUAUUGUAAUGUGUGUUUAAAUGAUUAUUGUUCCCGGUAGGUCUCAGUGAUGUUAGACACACAAAAUGUGUAAACUGUAUCUGUCUCUGUUUGUAAUUCUAUGGAUGUGUAUCUACAGGAGUGAUAUCAGGCCCAGUCAGAGACCAGCAGAGCGUGGUAUUGUAAUGCUUAUUUAAGUGAAUAAGCCCUCAGAGUGACAUAAAUCAGAGCUGACUGGAUAGAGGCAGGUUUGAAAACACGUUGAAAUCACCCUGAAAACAACGUGCUGAGAUAUUCCACUGAGACUCAGGAAACACACAGGAAUGUACAUAAAGCAGACAUCAGCGCCAGACACACACACACACACACACACACACACACACACACACACACACACACACACACACACACUCACACAGAUAAAACACGAGGGACUGUUAUGAUGUAGGGCUGUGUUCCCGAAACCGUGUCUUAUGGGUUACAGGUUGCAGCUUUCUAAUGAAGCGUAUGGAAACAUCUCUUAACAUGCAAACAUAGGGAUGCUGUUGUUAUGACUUCAGGCUAUUUUCUCUCAAAUGUAAUAUAUAAAAAGGUUAUGGAUACAAUUUAGAAUUGGACAUAGUUCGCUGAAAAGAGUUGACCCAAAAUCAACUGUUUGUUUCUGGGUCAGAAUUACCAUUUUGCUCUGUGCAAUGUGAACGUUUCGGAGAUAACAACUUUGGAUGCUAAUGAGUUCUUGGGUAGCUUGACUGUGAGCUCAUAGAGUGAGCAGCCUACACUGUGCUUGAACAACUGACCUUUCGUGAUUAGCCAGUCCAAAUAAACCGUCAGCCUCUUUUUCUCUCUGUUUCUCUCUGUUUCUCUCUGUUUCUCUGUCUGUCUCUCUCUCUCUCUCUCUCUCUCUCUCUCUCUCUCUCUCUCUCUCUCUCUCUCUCUCUCUCUCUCUCUCUCUCUCUCUCUCUCUCUCUAUCUCUCUAUCUCUCUAUCUAUCUAUCUAUCUAUCUAUCUACCUGUUUAACUCUAUCUACCUGUUUCUCACUCUUUCUAUCUACCUGUUUCUCUCUCUCUCUAUCUACCUGUUUCUCUCUCUCUCUAUCUACCUGUUUCUCUCUCUCUCUAUCUACCUGUUUCUCUCUCUCUCUAUCUACCUGUUUCUCUCUCUCUCUAUCUACCUGUUUCUCUCUCUUUCUCACUCUCUCUCACUCUCUUCACUCUCCCAGUCAAUUCAGCUCCACAGAGAGGUAAAUAAACACACAACCUCAACCUUAAACACCCCAUAACUCUGUAUCCAGGGUUAACAUUACACAUGAGAUUCAUUCUCACAUGAGAGAGAAAGAGGGGAAAAUGAGAGAGGUGGGGGAUUAUACAGCAGAAAACAGUUCAUGCAGAGCAGGUGUGUCAAUACAUCACAAGCGGGAAACCUGACCAGUUCAGUGAUGGGCAGACACACACAGUGGCAAUAAACAGUAUGUGAAGCCCUUGGAAUUACAGUGGCUUGUAUUCACCCCCAUUGGCAUUUUUCCUAUUUUGUUGCCUUACAACCUGGAAUUAAAAUAGAUUUUGGGGGGGUUUGUAUCAUUUGAUUUACACAACAUGCCUACCACUUUGAAGAUGCAAAAUAUUUUUUUGGGUGAAACAAACAAGAAAUAAGACAAAAAAACAGAAAACUUGAGCGUGCAUAACUAUUCACCCCCCCCAAAGUCAAUACUUUGUAGAGGCACCUUUUGCAGCAAUUACAGCUGCAAGUCUCUUGGGGUAUGUCUCUAUAAGCUUGCCCAUUCUUCAAGGCAAAACUGCUUCAGCUCCUUCAAGUUGGAUGGGUUCCGCUGGUGUACAGCAAUCUUUAAGUAAUACCACAGAUUCUCAGUUGGGUUGAGGUCUGGGCUUUGACUAGGCCAUUCCAAGACAUUUAAAUGUUUCCCAUUAAACCACUCGAGUGUUGCUUUAGCCGUAUGCUUAGGGUCAUUGUCCUGCUGGAAGGUGAACCUCCGUCCCAGUCUCGAAUCUCUGGAAGACUGAAACAGGUUUCCCUCAAGAAUUUCCCUGUAUUUAGCGCCAUCCAUCAUUCCUUCAAUUCUGACCAGUUUCCCUGCCGAUGAAAAACAUCCCCACAGCAUGAUGCUGCCACCACCUUGUUCUCGGGGUGAUGAGAGGUGUUGGGUUUGCGCCAGACAUAGUGUUUUCCUUGAUGGCCAAAAAGCUCAAUUUUAGUCUCAUCUGACCAGAGUACCUUCUUCCAUAUGUUUGGGGAGUCUCCCACAUGCCUUUUGGUGAACACCAAACGUGUUUGCUUAUUUAUUUAUUGAACCAAUUGUCACGCCCUGGCUCUGGGGACUUUUAUAUGUUGAGCCAGGGUGUUAGUUUCUAUGUGUUAGUUUCUGGGUGUUAGGUUCUAUGUUUCGUUUUCUAUGUUCUUGUUCUAGUUUAUGUGUUUCUAUGUUGGCCGGGGUGGUUCCCAAUUAGAGACAGCUGUGGCUCGUUGUCUCUGAUUGGGAACCAUACUUAGGCAGCCUAUUGUGCACUUGUCUUUUGUGGGAUCUUGUUCCGUGUAAGGUUUAUGUUUGUGUUUGUGUUGGUGUUUAACCUUGGACUUCACGUAUCGUUUAUUGUUUUUGUUCGUGGUGUACUUAAUAAAUAAGAAUGUACGCAUAUUACGCUGCGCCUUGGUCCGCUCAUUACGACGAUCGUGACAGAAGAUCCCACCAAAACAGGACCAAGCAGCGUGUCCAGGAGCAAACGCCGGGUAAGGAGCUGGAGAGGUUGGCGAUGGCCCAGGUGGGCCAAUGUUGGUCCUGGGAGGACAUGUUCGUGGGCAAAGGGCCAUGGGCUAAAGUUAAAGCCCUGGCGAGAGAGGAGGUACGGCGCCAACAGUGUCAUCGUCGGACAAAUUUUUUUUGGGGGGCACACGGCAUGGACGACGGGGCUGCUGGAGGCAGCUACAGGGCGAGUUUGUGGACUAGGAGAGGAGGCCACCAGGUUACGGGGGCCAUUGGUCAGGAGGGAGAAGGAGAGUGUGGAGGCACGGCGAGAGGAACUGAGUAGGCAGCAGAGGGAGCGGAGGUUUAUGAGGAAACCCAGUCCCACUCCUCGCACCAAGCAAGUGGUGUGUGUCACCAGUCCGGUCCGGCCCGUUCCUGAUUCCCACACAAGGCCAGUGGUGUGUGUUCCCAGUACGGUCAGGCCCAUUCCUGCUCCCCGCACUAAGUUAGUGGUGCGUGUUCCCAGUACGGCCCAACCCGUUCCUGCUCCCCGCACUAAGUUAGUGGUGCGUGUUCCUAGUACGGCCCAACCCGUUCCUGCUCCCCGCACUAAGUUAGUGGUGCGUGUUCCCAGUACGGCCCAACCCGUUCCUGCUCCCCGCACUAAGUUAGUGGUGCGUGUUCCCAGUACGGCCCAACCCGUUCCUGCUCCCCGCACUAAGUUAGUGGUGCGUGUUCCCAGUCCGGCCCGGCCUGUUCCUGCCCCUCGCACCAAGCCUGUGGUGCGAGUCGUCAGCCCUGGUCCGGCCCAUUCCUGCUCCCCGCACCAAGCCAGUGGUGCGCGUCGCCAUCCCGGUCCGGCCAGUUCCUGCCCCUCGCACCAAGCCUGUGGUGCACGUCGCCAGCCCGGCCCGGCCUGUUCCUGCCCCUCGCACCAAGCCUGUGGUGCGCGUCGCCAGCCCGGCCCGGCCUGUUCCUGCCCCUCGCACCAAGCCUGUGGUGCGCGUCGCCAGCCCGGCCCGGCAUGUUCCUGCCCCUCGCACCAAGCCAGUGGUGCACGUCGCCAGCCCGGUCCGGCCUGUUCCUGCCCCUCGCACCAAGCUUGUGGUGCGCGUCACCAGCCCGGCCCGGCCUGUUCCUGCUCCUCGCACCAAGCCAGUGGUGCGCGUCGUCAGCCCGGUCCGGCCUGUUCCUGCUCCCCGCACCAAGCCAGUGGUGCGCGUCGCCAGCCCGGUCCGGCCUGUUCCUGCUCCCCGCACCAAGCCAGUGGUGCGCGUCGCCAGCCCGGUCCGGCCUGUUCCUGCUCCCCGCACCAAGCCAGUGGUGCGCUUCGUCAGCCCGGUCCGGCCCGUUCCUGCUCCCCGCACCAAGCCAGUGGUGCGCGUCGUCAGCCCGGUCCGGCCCAUUCCUGCUCCCCGCACCAAGCCUGUGGUGCGCGUCGUCAGUCCGGCACAGCCCGUGCCUGUUUCACCGGUGCCUGGUCAGGUACCGGUCAGCUGCUCCACACCGGAGCCUAAGCAAUCCGCUCCACCGAUGUCCAGUCCAGCUCCAGCCAGCGGGACCAGACCAGGGGCGCUACGGGGGGUUAGUUAGAGGGUGGUGGUCACUCCCCUGUUGGGUUUAGUUGGCGCGGUCGCAGUCCGCGCCUUUGGGGGGGCGGGGUACUGUCACGCCCUGGCUCUGGGGACUUUUAUAUGUUGAUCCAGGGUGUUAGUUUCUAUGUGUUAGUUUCUGGGUGUUAGGUUCUAUGUUUCGUUUUCUAUGUUCUUGUUCUAGUUUAUGUGUUUCUAUAUUGGCCGGGGUGGUUCCCAAUUAGAGACAGCUGUGGCUCGUUGUCUCUGAUUGGGAACCAUACUUAGGCAGCCUAUUGUGCACUUGUCUUUUGUGGGAUCUUGUUCCGUGUAAGGUUUGUGUUUGUGUUGGUGUUUAACCUUGGACUUCACGUAUCGUUUAUUGUUUUUGUUCGUGGUGUACUUAAUAAAUAAGAAUGUACGCAUAUCACGCUGCGCCUUGGUCCGCUCAUUACGACGAUCGUGACACCAAUGGCUUUUUUCUGGCCACUCUUCCGUAAAGCCCAGCUCUGUGGAGUGGAUGGCUUAAAGUGGUCCAAUGGACAGAUACUCCAAUCUCCACUGUUGAGCUUUGCAGCUCCUUCAGGGUUAUCUUUGGUGUCUUUGUUGUCUCUCUGAUUAAUGCCAUCCUUGCCUGGUCCGGGAGUUUUGGUGGGCGGCCCUCUCUUGGCAGGUUUGUUGUGGUGCCAUAUUCUUUAAAUUUUUUAAUAAUGGAUUUAAUGGUGCUCAGUGGGAUGUUCAAAGUUUGGUCUUCAUGGUGCCGCUUGCUUGGUGGUGUCCCUUGCUUAGUGGUGUUGCAGACUCUGGGGCCUUUCAGAACAGGUGUAUAUAUACUGAGAUCAUGUGACAGAUCAUGUGACACUUAGAUUGCACACAGGUGGACUUUAUUUAACUAAUUGUGUGACUUCUGAAGGUAAUUGGUUGCACCAGAUCUUAUUUAGGGGCUUCAUAGCAAAGGGGGUGAAUACAUAUGCACGCACCACUUUUCCAUUAUUUUUUGAAACAAGUUAUUUUUUUCAUUUCACUUCACCAAUUUGGACUAUUUUGUGUAUGUCCAUUACAUGAAAUCCAAUUAAAAAUCAAUUUAAAUUACAGGUUGUACUGCAACAAAAUAGGAAAAACGCCAAGGGGGAUGAAUACUUUUGCAAGGCACUGUACCUGGAUUUCUGCAUAAAUUGGUCAACAAAUGUGAUCUGAUCUUCAUCUAAGUCACAACAAUAGACAAACACAGUGUGCUUAAACUAAUAACACACAAAUUAUUGUAUUUUUCUUGUCUAUAUUGAAUACAUCAUUUAAACAUUCACAGUGUAGGUUGGGAAAAGUAUGUGAACCCCAAGGCUAAUGAGGUUUGCUAUUCACAAGAAGCAUUUCCGGAUGUGAACCAUGCCUCGAACAAAAGAGAUCUCAGAAGACCUAAGAUUACGAAUUGUUGCAUCAGGACAACGACCCAAAACACAGAAGUAAAUCAACAACAGAAUGGCUUCAACAGAAGAAAAUAUGCCUUCUGGAGUGGCCCAGUCAGAGUCCUGACCUCAACCCAAUUGAGAAGCUGUGGCAUGACCUCAAGAGAGCAGUUCACACCAGACAUCACAAGAAUAUUACUGAACUGAAACAGUUUUGUAAAGAGGAACGGUCCAAAAUUCCUCCUGACCAUUGUGAAGGUCUGAUCCGCAACUACAGAAAAGGUUUGGUUGAGGUUAUUGCUGCCAAAGGUGGGGCAACCAGUUGUUAAAUCCAAAGGUUUACAGAGUGUGUUCAAUAAAGACAUGGAAACGUAUAAUUGUUUGUGUUAUUAGUUUAAGCAGACUGUGUUUGUCUAUUGUUGUGACUUAGAUGAAGAUCAGAUCACAUGUUAUGACCCAUUUAUGCAGAAAUCCAGGUAAUUCCAAAGGGUUCACAUACUUUUUCUUGCCACUGUAGAUGCAGACACACACAGAGACACACACACACAAACACACAGACACACACACACACACAGCUCUGCACCAUACCCAAGGUUACGUGGUUCCAAAGUUACGGUUGGUCAGGGGGACAGGUUUAUGGGCUGUCCAGACCUUUCCCCUCCUUCUGACAGCCAGACCCGAGCCAAUGGUUCAAACCCGAGCCAAUGGUUCAGACCCGAGCCAAUGGUUCAGACCCGAGCCAACGGUUCAGACCCGAGCCAACGGUUCACGCUCAGGUGUUAGCCAUGCACAGGCAGACACAUGUAGUCCUACCCACAACAUCACGCUUUGUCUCUGUCACACACAAACUUGCUGAGUUGUCCCACAAACAUCACACACACACUAGCUCAAACGCUCAUCCACUGACACUGCGGACACACGCACACGGAGACAGAUGUUCCUAAAUUCAUAACUUUGGAAUGUAGAAGCCUACUGAGCAUGUGUUAGCUUUUGUCCUGUGGUUUGUGUGUGUCUGUGUGCGUGUGCGUGUGCGUGUGUGUGUGUGUGCAUAUGACUUGUGUAUGGGUGGAUGUGUGUGUGUACAUCUGUGUCUGUGUGUGUGCACAUGAAUAAAAACUUUGUGCACAAAAAGCGGGUAGAGUGAUUGACAGUUUAUAAUUGUCCAUGAAAGGUUCACCUGAGCCAGGCUGUCUGAGGGUCUAAGCUGCUUGGAACUGGCUGUCUAUAAGGAUAAAUCUAAAGACAUGUAUACAUUUCAGUCUCUCUACACUGAAGCAACACUACGUGUGUGUGUGUGUGUGUGUGUGUGUGUGUGUGUGUGUGUGUGUGUGUGUGUGUGUGUGUGUGUGUGUGCGCACACACGCUCACACACACACACACACACACACCAAUGCAGCAAUCCUACACCUCCUAGACAUCUGUCUCCUUAAUAAGCGCAGGCUGAAGAAUGAUGCUCAAUAAAAGACUAGAGACCAUUAAACUCUCCUACUUGAUUGGGUUUUACACCAGAACUUUAUGCCUAGUUACAAGAUAGACAAGUCUAGAUAUGAAAUUAAGGUAUAUAGAGAAAAGUUAUAUGAGAAUCUCUCUCUCUCUUGUUAAAAGGUUUGGGUGGAAAUUAGCAGACCGUGAAGUUACUGUACGUAACCCUGAAGUGGAGGGAGAACACACAACACACAAGGCGGGAGAACACACACACACACACAUUGUCCACGGUAUGGAAAAGAUUGCAAACCAUCAGAGUCUUAUCUCACAGUGUUGUUUUGAAUCUGAGGGGAUUGAAUAAUUCCUACACUGUAUUUAAAACACAAAGAAAUUAAAGCGUCUCAGAGUAGGGGUACUGAUCUAGGAUCUGACAAUAUAUAUUUACAUUUUUACAUUUUAGUCAUUUAGCAGACGCUCUUACCCAGAGCGACUUACAGUUAGUGAGUGCAUACAUUAUUAUUAUAUAUAUCUAUAUAUUUUCUUUUUUUUCAAACUGGCCCCCCAUGGGAAUCGAACCCACAAACCUGGCAUUGCAAACGCCAUGCUCUACCAACUGAGCUACGUCCCUGCCGGCCAUUCCCUCCCAUGCCCUGGACGACGCUGGGCCAAUUGUGCGCCGCCCCAUGGGUCUCCCGGUGCGCCGCCCCAUGGGUCUCCCGGUCGCGGCCGGCUAUGACAGAGCCUGGCUUUGACAGAGCCGGCUAUGCAGUACCAAUCAAAAGUUUGGACACACCUACUCAUUCAAGGUUUUUCUUUAUUUUUUUUUACUAUUUUCUACAUUGUAGAAUAAUAGUGAAGACAUCAAAACUAUGAAAUAACACAUAUGGAAUCAUGUAGUAACCAAAAAAGUGUUAAACAAAUCAAAAUAUAUUUUAUAUUUGAGAUUCUUCAAAGUAGUGUUAUUUCAUCGUUUUGAUGUCUUCACUAUUAUUCUACUAUGUAGAAAAUAGUAAAACAUUAAGAAAAACCCUUGAAUGAGUAGGUGUGUCCAAACUUUUGACUGGUACUGUGUGUAUAUAUAGUUGAAGUCGGAAGUUUACAUACACUUAGGUUGGAGUCAUUAAAACUCAUUUUUCAACCACUCCACACAUUUCUUGUUAACAAACUAUAGAUUUGGCAAGUCGGUUAGGACAUAUACUUUGUGCAUGACACAAGUAAUUUUUCCAACAAUUGUUUACAGACAGAUUAUUUCACUUAUAAUUCACUGUAUCACAACUCCAGUGGGUCAGAAGUUCACAUACACUAAGUUGACUGUGCCUUUAAACAGCUUGGAAAAUUCCAGAAAAUGAUGUCAUGGCUUUAGAAGCUUCUGAUAGGCUAAUUGACAUCAUUUGAGUCAAUUGGAGGUGUACCUGUGGAUGUAUUUCAAGGCCUACCUUCAAACUCAGUGCCUCUUUGCUUGAUAUCAUGGGAAAAUCAAAAGAAAUCAGCCAAGACCUCAGAAAACAAAUUGUAGACCUCCACAAGUUUGGUUCAUCCUUGGGAGCAAUUUCCAAAUACCUGAAGGUACCACGUUCAUCUGUACAAACAAUAGUACGCAAGUAUAUACACCAUGGGACCACGCAGCCGUCAUACUGCUCAGGAAGGAGACGCGUUCUGUCUCCUAGAGAUGAACGUACUUUGGUGCGAAAAGUGCAAAUCAAUCCCAGAACAACAGCAUAGGACCUUGUGAAGAUGCUGGAGGAAACAGGUACAAACGUAUUUAUAUCCACAGUAAAACAAGUCCUAUAUCGACGUAACCUGAAAGGCCGCUCAGCAAGGAAGAAGCCACUGCUCCAAAACUGCCAUAAAAAAGCCAGACAACAGUUUGCAACUGCACAUGGGGACAAAGAUCGUACUUUUUGGAGAAAUGUCCUCUGAUCUGAUGAAACAAAAAUAUAACUGUUUGGCCAUAAUGACCAUCGUUAUGUUUGGAGGAAAAAGGGGGCCGCUUGCAAGCUGAAGAACACCAUCCCAACCAUGAAGCACGGGGGUGGCAGCAUCAUGCUAUGCUGCAGGAGGGACUGGUGCACUUCACAAAAUGCAUGGCAUCAUGAGGAAGGAAAAUUAUGUGGAUAUAUUGAAGCAACAUCUCAAGACAUUAGUCAGGAAGUUAAAGCUUGGUCGCAAAUUAGUCUUCCAAAUGGACAAUGACUCCAAGCAUACUUCCAAAGUUGUGGUAAAAUGGCUUAAGGACAACAAAGUCAAGGUAUUGGAGUGGGCAUCACAAAGCUCUGACCUCAAUCCCAUAGAACAUUUGUGGGCAGAACUGAAAAAGUGUGUGCGAGCAAGGAGGCCUACAAUCCUGACUCAGUUACACCAGCUCUGUCAGGAGGAAUGGGCCAAAAUUCACCCAACUUAUUGUGGGAAGCUUGUGGAAGGCUACUUGAAACGUUUGACCCAAGUUAAACAAUUUAAAGGCAAUGCUACCAAAUACUAAUUGAGUGUAUGUAAACUUCUGACCCACUGGGAAUGUGAUGAAAGAAAUAAAAGCUGAAAUAAAUCAUUAUCUCUACUAUUAUUCUGACAUUUCACAUUCUUAAAAUAAAGUGGUGAUCCUAACUGACCUAAGACAGGGAAUUUUUACUAGGAUUAAAUGUCAGGAAUUGUGAAAAACAGAGUUUAAAUGUAUUUGGCUAAGGUGUAUGUAAACUUCCGACUUCAACUGUAUAUAUUACUUUUUUUUGUUAUGAUCUUAAAGGUAAAACUGAUCCUAGAUCAGCACUCCUACUCUGAUAUGCUUUCUGGAUGCGGGCCCAGAGCUCAGAGUCUGCUCUAUAUCGGUCAGGAGGGACGUUGUGUCAUAUAGAAAUGCUCUCUUUGUGAAAUUGCUGCUUUGAGGACUUUCUCUUUCUCUUCCUCCCUCUCUCUCCUUCCCUAUCUCUCACUCACCCUACGUCUCUCCCUCAUUUCCCCUCUUUCAAUCUACCCUAUUCCCCUUCUUUCCUUCUCUCUCUCUCCCUCCUCCCCUCUUUCCUUCUCUCUCUCUCCCUCCUCCCCUCUUUCCUUCUCUCUCUCUCCCUCCUCCCCUCUUUCCUUCUCUCUCUCCCUCCUCCCCCCUCUUCCCUCCCUACCUUCAUCCCUCUUCAACAUGUGCCAAAUGAGCAUUUUACUGCGCUCUGCUCACUUUAGAUUUAUAAGAACAUAAAAACAGUCUUCUCUUAAAUCUGCCUCCCUCGCUCCUCUCUGGCGGUGCAGGAGUCGAGUGCUGCCUCCCUUCCAGCCAUCUGCUCUAGUCAGCCUCCCUCGCUCCUCUCUGACAGUGCAGGAGUCGAGUGCUGCCUCCCUUCCAGCCAUCUGCGAUAGUCAUUAGGGUCUAAACAUCUUCCAUGUGGCAACAGAGACCUGGGCUCUGUAACGCCUGUAAUAAUGGCUAUCUCUAACACGCACUGUUUUGUCUUGGUUGGUUUUUACCUCAGGUACUACUUCAAAGUCCAGGCGAAGAAUGUCUUUGGGCUGGGACCGGUUAGCGAUACACUCACCUAUGUCACUGAAUCAGGUCUGUAUGAGUAUUAGGUGAGGUUGCUAAAUACUGUUCUACGGUCGGUUUUGCUUUGUGCCUGGAAAUGGUUGUGGUUCUGGGAUUGGGAAUAGGUUUGCUGAUCCUAGAUCUACUAAGGCCACGUCUACUUGAGUUGUCCGUAUCAUCCUGUUUUUAGUUUAUGUAUGAAUUCUGUUCCAGUUCAUGUCUCUCAUUUGAAUGUUUUCUGUUUUUCAGAUGACCCUCUUCUUAUUGAACGGCCGCCUGGUGAGUUGUAUCGAAAUGUCUCAUAUGUUACUCUUACUCUAACAAUAUUGACAAAACAUGUUGGCCUAAAUUGCUCUAGUCCAGAAGAUAAUAAUAAUAAUAAUAAUAUGCCAUUUAGCAGACGCUUUUAUCCAAAGCGACUUACAGUCAUGCGUGCAUACAUUUUUACGUAUGGGUGGUCCCGGGGAUCGAACCCACUACCCUGGUGUUACAAGCACCAUGCUCUACCAAUUGAGCUACAGAGGACCGCAAGAUCACUGCUUCAGGUCAUUUGAAGAAACUCAAAGUGACAGUUGGAGUGAGCUGGUGAGGAGUUAACAGUCUGUGGCAUACCAAAGGCUACAUGCACCUACACUGACAUAUACUGGACUUGGCAGACAUCCAUAGUGGUAAAACGAUGCCAAAGUACUGUUUUGGUAUUUAUUGUUUUUAAUUAAGAGAGUCAGUCAGGUAUUUCGAGGAGGGGGAUGAGGGGGGCAGGUGCUGGUUCACUCCCUCCCCUCUCACCUCUUCCUCCCCCCUCCCUUGGGUGCUAUGCACAAUUUGCUGUGUAUCUGAAAAGGAGAGACUGGCAUAUUGAGAACUGGCAGUAAAGGGGAUGUGUAGUUAGUCUUGACUAGCUCUGUGAGAACUGACAGGUUGAGUGUAGUUUUUUUAUUUCUAUUUUUAUUUAACCUUUAUUUUAUCAGGGAGUCAUACUGAGACCAAGGUGUCUUUUACAGCCCUGAAAUAUAUAAAUUACAGAAAAUACACACAUCAAAAUAAAAAUACAAAAUGCAAGCAGAAAGAAAGAAAGAAACACGGUCAUAAAAAACAAAGACAUUCAUCAGUAAAAAGGUCCUUCAUCAGCGAUCUGAAUUGGCCUAGAGGCACCAAAACAUAAACUUUUCCGAACAUUUUGAAGAUUGUUCCCCAAAUAAAGUGCAAAAAAUCUAAAAGCUGAUUUACCUAACUCAGUAGACACCAAAGGAAUUGUGGUGUAUUGAGAAAUGUAUUAUGUGUUAAUGAGUUUAGAUUUUAAAUGGUUGCAAAUAGCCAAUGGGAUUUGUAUGCAGGGGUUGAGUUAUUUGAAUUAACAAAUGACAAUGGGGUUUAUCCGUUCUUGCAUUGAAGUGAUUGAAUUACGUGAUGCAAGGGCAGUGAAAGUUCAAUGAUGUAUUGGGGAGUUGGGCUGAAGACACUGUAGAGAGUGGUCAACUGGAAUGUGUUAAGGAGAACAUGAAAUAAAUCUGUUCUGUUUAUUAUAAGUACGCUUCAGAGUCUUCAGUAAAAGAACCCAGCAUCUUAGGAUGCAACAGGAAUUUCCAGAGUUAGCCAUCCCUGAGACCGGGUGUGAUAACUCGUAUGUCUAAAGUUUAGUAAUGAUGUUAGGUACAGUGGGACUUUUUGUAUAAGUAAAUAAAUGAAAACAUAGCAAUGUAUCAACCUACGUGACAUCAAAGAGGGCCAACCAACUUUCUGGUAGAGAAUGCAGCGAUAAGUGCUAAAACUGUUGCCCAUAAUAAAGCGCAUUGCGUUAUGUUAAACUGCAUCUAACGACUUUAAUGAAGUAGCAGCUGCGUUCAUAUAGAUGAUGUCGCCAUAGUCUAGGACCGAUAGGAACGUCGACUGAAUAAUCUGCUUUCUACUAUUUAUCGAGAGGCAGGACCUUUUUCUAUAGAAGAAGACCAUUUUUAUUCUAAACUAACUCGUCAAUAUGCUUUUUAAAAGACAGCUUUUCAUCUAUCCAGAUGCCCAGAUACAGUGAGGGAAAAAAGUAUUUGAUCCCCUACUGAUUUUGUACGUCUGCCCACUGACAAAGAAAUGAUCAGUCUAUAAAUUUAAUGGUAGGUUUAUUUGAACAGUGAGAGACAGAAUAACAACAAAAAAAUCCAGAAAAACGCAUGUAAAAAAUGUUAUAAAUUGAUUUGCAUUUUAAUGAGGGAAAUAAGUAUUUGACCCCUUCUCAAUCAGAGAGAUUUCUGGCUCCCAGGUGUCUUUUAUACAGGUAACGAGCUGAGAUUAGGAGCACACUCUUAAAGGGAGUGCUCCUAAUCUCAGUUUGUUACAUGUAUAAAAGACACCUGUCCACAGAAGCAAUCAAUCAAUCAGAUUCCAAACUCUCCACCAUGGCCAAGACCAAAGAGCUCUCCAAGGAUGUCAGGGAAUUGUAGACCUACACAAGGCUGGAAUGGGCUACAAGACCAUCGCCAAGCAGCUUGGUGAGAAGGUGACAACAGUUGGUGCGAUUAUUCACAAAUGGAAGAAACACAAAAGAACUGUCAAUCUCCCUCGGCCUGGGGCUCCAUGCAAGAUCUCACCUCGUGGAGUUGCAAUAAUCAUGAGAACGGUGAGGAAUCAGCCCAGAACUACACGGGAGGAUCUUGUCAAUGAUCUCAAGGCAGCUGGGACCAUAGUCACCAAGAAAACAAUUGGUAACACACUACGCCGUGAAGGACUGAAAUCCUGCAGCGCCAGCAAGGUCCCCCUGCUAAAGAAAGCACAUAUACAGGGCCGUCUGAAGUUUGCCAAUGAACAUCUGAAUGAUUCAGAGGAGAACUGUUUGAAAGUGUUGUGGUCAAAUGAGACCAAAAUCGAGCUCUUUGGCAUCAACUCAACUCGCCGUGUUUGGAGGAGGAGGAAUGCUGCCUAUGACCCCAAGAACACCAUCCCCACCGUCAAACAUGGAGGUGGAAACAUUAUGCUUUGGGGGUGUUUUUCUGCUAAGGGAACAGGACAACUUCACCGCAUCAAAGGGACGAUGGACGGGGCCAUGUACGAUCAAAUCUUGGGUGAGAACCUCCUUCCCUCAGCCAGGGCAUUGAAAAUGGGUCGUGGAUGGGUAUUCCAGCAUGACAAUGACCCAAAACACACGGCCAAGGAAACAAAGAAGUGGCUCAAGAAGAAGCACAUUAAGGUCCUGGAGUGGCCUAGCCAGUCUCCAGACCUUAAUCCCAUAGAAAAUCUGUGGAGGGAGCUGAACGUUCGAGUUGCCAAACGUCAGCCUCGAAACCUUAAUGACUUGGAGAAGAUCUGGAAAGAGGAGUGGAACAAAAAACCUGAGAUGUGUGCAAACCUGGUGGCCAACUACAAGAAACGUCUGACCUCUGUGAUUGCAAACAAGGGUUUUGCCACCAAGUACUAAGUCAUGUUUUGCAGAGGGGUCAAAUACCUAUUUCCCUCAUUAAAAUGCAAAUCAAUUUAUAACAUUUUUGACAUGCGUUUUUCUGGAUUUUUUUGUUAUUAUUCUGUCUCUCACUGUUCAAAUAAACCUACCAUUAAAAUUAUAGACUGAUCAUGUCUUUGUCAGUGGGCAAACGUACAAAAUCAGCAGGGGAUCAAAUACUUUUUUCCCUCACUGUACUUGUAAGCAGGGACACGAUCAAUAUGGACACCAUCCAAAGUACAUGCUUAAAUCAUCAGUUAUUUGUACAGUUGAUGUCGGAAGUUUACAUUCACCUUAGCCAAAUACAUUUAAACUCAGUUUUUCACAAUUCCUGACAUUUAAUCCUAGUAAAAAUUCCCUGUCUUAGGUCAGUUAGGAUCACCACUUUAUUUUAAGAAUGUGAAAUGUCAGAAUAAUAGUAGAGAGAAUGAUUUAUUUCAGCUUUUAUUUCUUUCAUCACAUUCCCAGUGGGUCAGAAGUUUACAUACACUGAAUUAGUAUUUGGUAGCAUUGCCUUUAAAUUGUUUAACUUGGGUCAAACGUUUCGGAUAGCCUUCCUCAAGGCCCAUUCCUCCUGACAGAGCUGGUGUAACUGAGUCAGGUUUGUAGGCCUCCUUGCUCGCACACGCUUUUUCAGUUCUGCCCACACAUUUUCUAUAGGAUUGAGGUCAGGGCUUUGUGAUGGCCACUCCAAUACCUUGACUUUGUUGUCCUUAAGUCAUUUUGCCACAACUUUGAAAGUAUGCUUGCGGUUAUUGUCCAUUUGGAAGACCAUUUGCGACCAAGCUUUAACUUCCUGACUGAUGUCUUGAGAUGUUGCUUCAAUAUAUCCGCAUAAUUUUCCUUCCUCAUGAUGCCAUCUAUUUUGUGAAGUGCACCAGUCCCUCCUGAAGCAAAGCACCCCCACAGCAUGAUGCUGCCACCCCCGUGCUUCACGGUUGGCAUGGUGUUCUUCGGUUUGCAAGCCUUCCCCUUUUUCCUCCAAACAUAACGAUGGUCAUUAUGGCCAAACAGUUCUAUUUUUGUUUCAUCAGACCAGAGGACAUUUCUCCGAAAAGUACGAUCUUUGUCCGCAUGUGCAGUUGCAAACCAUACUCUGGCUUUUUUAUGGCGGUUUCGGAGCAGUGGAUUCUUCCUUGCUGAGCGGCCUUUCAGGUUAUGUCGAUAUAGGACUUGUUUAACUGUGGAUAUAGAUACGUUUGUACCUGUUUCCUCCAGCAUCUUCACAAGGUCCUUUGCUGUUGUUCUGGGAUUGUUUUGCACUUUUCGCACCAAAUACGUUCAUCUCUAGGAGACAGAACGCGUCUCCUUCCUGAGCGGUAUGAUGGCUGCGUGGUCCCAUGGUGUAUAUACUUGUGUACUAUUGUUUGUACAGAUGAACGUCCUACCUUCAGGCGUUUGGAAAUUGCUCCCAAGGAUGAACCAGACUUGUGGAGGUCUACAAUUAAUUUUCGGAGGACUUGGCUGAUUUCUUUUGAUUUUCCCAUGAUGUCAAGCGAAGAGGCACUGACUUUGAAGGUAGGCCUUGAAAUACAUCCACAGGUACACCUCCAAUUGACUCAAAUGAUGUCAAUUAGCCUAUCAGAAGCUUCUAAAGCCAUGACAUAAUUUUCUGGAAUUUUCCAAGCUGUUUAAAGGCACAGUCAACUUAAUGUAUGUAAACUUCUGACCAACUGGAAUUAUGAUACAGUGAAUUAUAAGUGAAAUAAUCUGUCUGUAAACAAUUGUUGGAAAAAUUACUUGAGUCAUGCACAAAGUAGAUGUCCUAACCAACUUGCCCAAAACUAUAGUUUGUUAACAAGACAUUUGUGGAGUGGUUGAAAAACUAGUUUUAAUGACUCCAACCUAAGUGUAUGUAAACUUCCGACUUCAACUGUAUGUGCUCUAGAGAACAACAUAUACUUACUUUUACCUGCAUUCAAUACUAAUUUCAGGUCAAUCAAGUUUUUCUGUAAUACAUUGAAGGCAGACUUUAGUUCAGAUAGAGCCUGGUCAACCGUGGGGGCAAUAGCAUACACAAUAGUAUCAUUGGCAUACAAGUGCAGGUUACAAUUUUUUACAGACAAGUCGAUAUUGUUAAUGUAAACAGUAAAAAGUACAGGACCCAAAAUCAACCCUUGCGGGACACCUUUCAUAAUGUCCAGGAAACCUGAUUUAACACCAUCAAUAGAUACACAUUGAGUUAUAUCUGUCAAGUAAUUUUUAAACCAGUUACAUGCAUCCUGGUCUAGGCCAAUUGAGAAAAGCCUCUGAAUUAGCAUUGAAAGCCUUUGACAGGUCAAUGAAGAGGGCAGCACAAUGUUGCCUUUUAUCCAUAAAAUUAACCACAUGAUUUAUAACUAGGGAUGCAGCAGAGAUGGUGCUAUGACCUGGUCUAAAACCCAACUGAUGUACAUUUAGAAUACAUUUCAAAGAUAAGAAAGAUCUUAGCUGAGAAUUAAUCAAGGAUUCUAAUAUUUUAGCUAGGCAGAAAAUUUAGAAUUAGGGCGAUAAUUAUUUAGGUCACAAGGGUCACCACUUUUGUGAAGGUGGAGUACAUGAGCCGCCUUCCAAACAAUUUACAUUUUAGUCAUUUAGCAGACGCUCUUAUCCAGAGCGACUUACAGUUAGUGAGUGCAUACAUUUUCAUACUGGGGAUAGUACCAGAUAUAAUCGUCAGGUAAAAAAAUAUGGGUUAAUGAUUCAGCAAUCACGGGGGCAGAGAGCUGCAACAAAAAUGUAUCAAGCAUAUCAGCCCCAGACAUUUUUUUUACAUCAAACUUAAGCAAGGCAUCUAGCACAUCACAGAUGGUAAAUUGCUGAAAUGAAAACAAAGAUUCACUAGAAGUUGACGUGUUAACCGUUGUUCGCUAGAGGCUGGCAGAGGGAAGAGCAGUCGAUUAGUUAGUCUUGACUAGCUCUGUUAGAACUGAGUAGGUAUUAAUGACUAGCUUUGUGAGUGUAGCAUUAAGUAAGCACUCUGUUAGAUCAGGAGGGACUGUCAUUAAGGACAUGCUGAGCGCUCACCCUUCACCGCAACAGUUUAGUGGUCAUGUAAUAUAUGCCAUUUAGCAGACACUUUUACAUUGUAGUUAUUUAGAAGACACGCUUAUCCAGAACAACUAGGGUUAAGUGCCUUGCUCAAUGGCACAUCGACAGAUUUUUCACCUAGUCGGCAGGGAUUCAAACCAACGACUUUUCGGUUAUUAGCUCAAUGCUCUUAACCGCUAGGCUACCUGCCUUCCUCUAGGUGGAGAGCCUAUCUGGAUCCCCUUCUCCUUCAGAUUCAACCCCCAGCACAGUGCCUGUAAGGGCAGCCAGUACGUCAAGAGGACCUGGUACAGAAAGUUUGUGGGCGUGGUCCUGUGCAACUCGCUGAGAUACAAAAUCUUUAUGGGAGAUGGGCUGAAAGGUACUACUGCUGUUACUUCUCACCUUCCUCUCCUCCUUUAUCUCCUUCUCUCUCAAGUUUAAGUCUUUGAUCAAUUCAAGUUGCUUUACAGUUUCUCCUAUUUUUUCUUUUAUAAUCUCACCACCAUGUAUCUCCCUCCCACUUUCCAGUUUUUCUUUCACUACCAUCCCCUCUUGCUCUCCCUUUCAUUCUCUCACUCUUUCACUACAUUUAUCUUAAUCACACCCUUUCUUUCCGUCUCUCAUUUCUACACUACUGGGUGUUUUAUUGUUUUGGGGCUCUGUGGUCUCAUUACAUAAUGGAAUAUUGUGUGAGAGAGUGUUCUGUUGUUAACCAUUGACUGCUCUCCCAUCUCUGUAUAUCUCACUCUAUCUCUCCCUCCAUCUCUCUCUGUCUCUCAUCUCUCUUUCCCUCCAGAAACGUUCUACAGUAUAGCAGACACAUUCGGCCAUGGGGAGGACCACUGCCAGUUUGUAGACUCUUACCUAGACGGGAGGACAGGCUCCCCCAGCCUCUCAACGUAUCUUCCCACAGCACAAGGUAAUAAAAACGAACAAAUUAACUCCCAGAAUUCAUCACUCACCUACAGCCUGGUGAUAUUAAAAAUAAUUAUAUUCUAAUUCAUAUUAAGUCCCAUAGCCUUGAUUAUAUACAACCUCAAUAUCCUUGCUCUAGGCUGAAUAGAAACAGUCAGAAUCAUCUAACGAAGCAUUAUAAAUGUGUUACAUCUAUUCAUAAUUCAUUAUAACACUCUCUGUCCUCCUCUGUGCAGGUUACUAUCGAUCAUACAGGCAGGAGCCAGUCAACUUCGGACCUAUUGGCCGGCAUACGCCACAUCCCUUCGUGGGAUGGUACGAGUGCGGGGUGCCCAUCCCUGGCAAGUGGUAACACAGGGGGUCACAAAGAGGUCAUCAUCGAGGGCAUCCAAACUCCAUCCUGCUGCAGCCUCUCUCGUGCUCUCACUGACCCCGCCCCCUGGAGAUGAACUGUUGCUAACCACAGCAGAAAGACAACAUUCCAAACUUAUACUGCUCAGAUCAAAGAGAAUAUAAUACUUUAAACAACACUAAUAUUUCCAUGUAUUCAUUACCAUGCACUUUUAUAAAAGCAGUUUGUAUAUGAGGGGGAAAAAGCAUGUAUUGCUAAUGCUUAGUUUAACUUUUGUCUUCCGGAUCGGAAAGAAUCCUUGUUUAUUCCCAACUAUUCUCAAGUGGAAGUGCACCUGUGAUCAUGAAAUCACUAAUGAAAUGGGAGAUCCUGUAAAAGACCAAAGCACAAACUGAACAGUACUAAUGGGAGAGUAGGGUUUGUAUGUGUGUUUAUUAUCAAUCAAGAGACCUUGUUCAUAACAGUAGUAUGAUACAGUAAUGGCUUUUGACAACUAGUUUUGGUGUCAGUUUUCUUGAACAUGCAUAGUGUUUUUAUACUCUUUGGUAUUACGAGACUCCAUAAGAUCAGAAGUUGCUGUGGAAGUGUUGUAUGUACACAGACAAUGAAUAACAAUACUUAAUAUUUGCUCAGGAAUGGUUGGACAUUAAAUAAAUGUGCUAUGGAAAACAAGGAACCCCUUAAUGUUUAAUUUGUUCCGUGAGAAUAUCUGAAUGUCCAUGUUUAAGGAAACUCAAUCUGUCAAAUACUGAGCAAAUUGUAACAAUGACGCUGUGAGUCGAGAAGCAGGUGCAGGUGAAACGUUUAAUAAAACAACAAAUAUGAAACGAGACAGCGUAACAAGGGCGAUAUAGCAUAAACACAGGAACAAUACCGACUGAGGACUAAACGUAAGGGAGGGACAUAUAAAGGGGAGGUAAUGAGGAAGGUAAUGGAGUCCAGGUGUGAAUCAAAAUGAUCUGCAGGUGCGCGUAAUGAUGGAUGUCAGGUGUGCGUAAUGAUGAAUCCCAGGACCGGUGGUUAGUAUUCCGGCAACGUCACACACCGGAGUGGAGGAGCAGGAGUAGACGUGACAGUACCCCCCCUCUGAUGCAUGGCUCCCGCCGCAGGACGACACCGACCAGAGGGAUGACCCCGAGGACGAGGAGCGGGUCGGUCCGGGCGGCGAAGUUGGAAAUCACGGAUGAUGUUGGGAUCCAGAAUGUCCUCCACCGGAACCCAACACCGCUCCUCUAGGCCAUACCCCUCCCAGUCCACCAGGUACUGGAGCCGACCCCCACGAUGCCGAGAGUCCAGUAGGGAUCUGACAGCAUACGCUGGACUCCCCUCGAUGUCCAUGGGGGGGUGUCGUGGGGGAUAGCUUCAGCUAGGGGACCAGGAACCACCGGCCUGAGAAGGGAGACAUGAAAAGAGGGUGAGAUACGAUAGUGACUGGGCAGCUGUAACCUAUACGUCACCUCAUUGACCCUCCGGAGAACCUUGAACGGCCCCACAAACCGGGGGCUCAGUUUCUUGCAGGGCAGGCGGAGUGGGAGGUUCCUGGUAGAAAGCCAGAUGCGAUCCCCAGGGUGGAACACAGGGGUCUCACUGCGGUGGCGGUCUGCCUGUUCCUUUUGACGAUGGACGGCGCGCUGGAGUCUCAUGUGAGCUUCGCUCCACACCUCUUCUGCGCACCGGAACCACACAUCAACCGCAGGAGCUUUGAUCUGGGCCAGGGCCGGCUGAAAACCCAGAAUACACUGGAAGAAGGUCAACCCAGUGGAGGAGUGACGUAGCGAGUUCUGGGCGUACUCUGCCCAUGGAAGGAAUUGUGCCCACUCACCCUGCCGGUCCUGACAGUGACUCCUCAGGAACCUCCCCAGCUCCUGGUUCAUCCUCUCCACCUGCCCGUUGGACUGAGGCCGGUACCCGAAAGUGAGGCUGACCGUGACCCCGAGCUUCUCCAUGAAGGCCCUCCAUACUCGUGAUGUGAAUUGGGGCCCACGGUCAGAGACAAUGUCCUCCGGAAGGCCAUAAUGCCGGGAGACCUGCUUGAAGAGUGCCUCAGCGACCUGGAGAGCAGUGGGGAGACCAGGCAGAGGGAUUAAAUGACAGGACUUAGAAAAUCUAUCCACUACCACCAAAAUGGUGGUGAAACUAUCAGAGGAGGGGAGAUCGGAUACAAAGUCAAUGGAUAGAUGUGACCAGGGUCGCUGAGGCACGGGAAGUGGCAGGAGCUUCCCUGCUGGAUCGUUCCCGGGGGGACAUGUUUUGAGCACAUACGGAACAGGAGUUGACAUAGCGAGUGAUGGGCCACCAGUAUUUCCCAGAGCUCACAAUAACCAACGUCGUAAUUCCUCUCUGCAGAGGACAGUUUCUUAGAGUAAAACACACAUGGUACAACUUCUGUGGGUUACCCUGUCGUUGAGACAGAACUGCCCCCACGCCUACCUCUGAAGCGUCCACCUCCACCACAAAGGAUGUCAUGGGAUCUGGGUGUUUGAGCACUGAGGCGGAGGUGAAACGUCCUUUGAGUAGACAGAAGGCCUCAUCGGCUGCUGUUUCCACACCAACCUACGGGGCCCUCCUUUAAGGAGAGAGGUGAGAGGAGCGGCGACAGAGCUGAAGUUCCUGAUGAAGCUGCGGUAGAAGUUGGAAAAACCCCAAAAACCGUUGUAACCCCUUUAAGGUGGUUGGAACUGGCCAUGACCUGACUGCAUCUACCUUCUUGUCGUCCAUCUUCACACCCUGCGGACUGAUUUGGUAGCCUAAGAAGGACACCGUCCUCUGGUGAAAUUUGCACUUCUCAGCUUUGACGAACAGGUGGUUGGCGAGAAGGCGUUCCAGGACAAGCUCGAACGUGAAUGACGUGAUCCUCCAAGGUAGCCGAGUAGAUCAGGAUGUCAUCGAUAUACACGACCACCUGGCGGCCGAGCAUGUCCCUGAACACCUCGUUAACGAAUGCCUGGAACACUGACGGAGCAUUGGCUAAGCCAUAUGGCAUUACCAAGUACUCGUACUGACCAGACAUCAUGCUAAAUGCCGUCUUCCACUCAUCCCCCUCCAGGAUGCGGAUGAGAUUGUAAGCACUCCGCAGGUCCAGUUUGGUAAAGAACUGGGACCCGCGGAGCUGCUCGAUGGCUGACGGCAGCAAUGGGAGAGGGUACCGAUACUUUGAGGUGAUUUCAUUGAGUCCUCUGUAGUCAAUGCAGUCAUCCUUAUAGGCCAUGAAGAAGAAACCAGCCAACGCAGGGGAAGUGGACGUGCGGAUGAAACCUUGUUGGAACGCCUCUUGGAUGUAAUCCUCCAUGGCCUGGGUCUCAGCCACCGACAGAGGGUAGAUGCGUUUGCGCAGAGGCGCAGAACCUGAAAGCAGGUUGAUGGCACAGUCCCAGGGGCGAUGAGGAGGAAUACAGGUGGCGCGGGUCUUGGAGAAUACCUCCCGCAGGUCCUGGUAUACCUCCGGAAUGUUGGGCUGCAGGGCAACCACAGGACUCUCAACCGACGUGGAACCACAGGGGACAGGGAAGCAGGUCCUCCGGCAUUCGAGUGACCAGUCUGUAAUUCUCAUUCUCGACCAUGAGAUGGUAGGAUUAUGGCGUUGAAGCCAAGGGAGGCCGAGGAUGAUCUUGUGGACUGGUGCACUGGUAAUGAAGAAGGGAAUGUUCUCCUGAUGAAUGGACUCCAACGGUGAGGGUGAGUGGUUGAGUGAUAUGGGUGACGUUUCCGGAUCCUAAAGGCUGACUAUCCAGGGCUUGAACCGGAAAAGGAGACGAGAGCGGGUAUGAGUUGAUGUUAAGAGGGUAGGCAAGGGUCUGGUCAAUAAAGUUCCCCGCGGCACCGGAAUCCACUAUCGCUGUAGACACAGUACAUGAGGGACAGUCAGCUAGUGUAAUGGACACCAAAAAGAGCCUAGUAGACAGUGAUGAAGAUGGAAUACUCACUCCUGCCCUAGGGGUGGAAGAUCACGUGACCGUCCCUCUGCUCUUGUGGAUCCCUGAUUCAGACAUGCCGGACACCUCUGGAGCAUGUGCCCUCCCUCUCCACAGUACAGACAGAGCCCCAGCUGUAUCCGUCUGCGGCGCUCUGCCACGGGGAGACGAGUGACCCCUACCUCCAUGGGUUCAGACUUUGAUUCCAAGUGUUCACUGAGGGAGGGAGAGAAGCAAUGAGAGUACCGGCGCUCCCGAAGUAGGUUAUCCAGACGGAUGGCCAUCGCAAUGAGUGCGUCCAAGGAGAGGUUGUCGUCUCAACAGGCCAGUUCCGUCUGGACCUCUUCACACAAACCUCUUCUAAAUAGUGUACGAAGCGCCGGCUCAUUCCAUCCACUGGAUGCUGCUACUGUCCGAAAGGUGAGCGCGUACUCAGCAGCCGUCUGGUUACCCUGCUGUAAUUGCAGUACCUCUCGGUGGUGGGAGCUCCCCUCUGAUGCGAAAAAUAGAGAGAGCACUGAAGUAGGAAGCCACGGCAUUUUGAUGGUGUACCGUCAUAUUUAUCCGGGAGGGAUAAAUGGGCAUCGCUGAUCUGAGCGGGUUGCUGAAUGGGCUGAUGUGCUGCCUCGUUGGGUCGACUGGUUGUAGAGUAUCCUCCGCUGGAUUAAGACAAUGCCUCCUUGGUGUGUUCGAGACGUUGCACACUGAGAAGAACCUCCUCCAUAACCAAUCCCAGUUGUGCCAGCUGGUCAUGGUGUUGACGUAGAAGAUAACCCUGUUCAUCGAUCGUCUGAGAGAUAUUCGAAUUUCCUGCUGCUUCCAUGGUUUGAGUCGGUAUUCUGUAACAAUGACGCUGUGAGUCGAGAAGCAGGUGCAGGUGAAACGUUUAAUAAAACAACAAACAUGAAACGAGACAGCGUAACAGUGGCGAUAUAGUAUAAACACAGGAACAAUACCGACUGAGGACUAAACGUAAGGGAGGGACAUAUAAAGGGGAGGUAAUGAGGAAGGUAAUGGAGUCCAGGUGUGAAUCAUAUUGAACUGCAGGUGCGCGUAAUGAUGGAUGCCAGGUGUGCAUAAUGAUGAAUCCCAGGACCGGUGGUUAGUAUUCCGGCAACGUCGCACACCGGAGGGGAGGAGCAGGAGUAGACGUGACACAAAUAGAGUUUCAGUUUCAAUUUAGUUUCAUAACCUGUCUAAACUAUGUACUACACAAGAGGGGACAAAAUCAGUUGGAAACUGUUAAAAUUGCAGGCAAAGGCCAAGAAUAUAAGUUUUUUAAGGGGUGAGAGAGAGAGAGAGAGAGAGAGAGAGAGAGAGAGAGAGAGAGAGAGAGAGAGAGAGAGAGAGAGAGAGAGAGAGAGAGAGAGAGAGAGAGGGCAUUUGUUAGUUAGACAUUCCAGCAGGAGUAACGGGGCCCAAGAGCUUUCAGUGAAACGACAGGUUUCUAUGUAUGAAGGAAGACUGAGCUACUUGUACAAUGUCACUUUCUUGUGAUAACAGCAGAGUGAUGAUGUGUAAUAUAUUCAUGAAUCCAGGAGUUCGCUGGAGGAGAGGAGAUGUUCUUUGGAAGGAAGGGAGGAACUUUCUGGAAACAGUUUUGAUAUCUUUAUGGUUGACUGUUUUCAUUUUCUGUAAUGUUUUGCUCUCUUGAACAAACUCAGUCUAUGCAGUAUGCAGUGCCUCUGGAAACUGUAUUUCAUUCUCGAAAGGUAUCUACACUAUUUAGUUUCCACAUUACCUCCCUAAAAGUGAAAAGAUAUUCCUAUUAAAAUGUAAUGACUUAUUUAUCAGGGGAAUUCAUUCUCAUUGUCAAUCUCUGGUUGUAGCCCUCUUGUAUGUAUACAGGUGUAGGAUCUUAAUUUGAUCACUCUUUUGUUGCUGAGAAUUUUCCUGCACCACAGGAAAUGCAGAUGAGCUUCGUGAUUUACAUUAAUCCACUGAAAACCCACACCAACAGACUUUUGAUGUAGCCUACUUUUGGCCAGCUAAUAACCUAACCACAGAUCAAGCAACAUUAUGGACUAAACAUUAAAAUCCUAUUGCUGCAGGAUUAUUUUGCUGUGACAAUAUAGGUCAAAUUAAGAUCCUAUAUCUGUACUGGUUUUGUCCUUCUUACUCUAUGAAAUUAAUAUUUCAAGACCCAAUAAAAAAUACAUUAUUUCUAGGAAUCCCAGAGGCACUGGAGACAGGAGAGUUAAAUAGUGGUGAGGUUAGCCUUGCUUUCGUUUGCUACAUAAACAUGGCACACACUCUUACCCUAAAGCUCCAUUCAUCUGUUUUAUUCCAUAGUAUAUGUCUUUCUGAUUGAUGCCUUCAAUAACUCACAACAGCAGGACCAGCAAGCUAGUCUGCCCUCUGCUAAGUACGUCUGGCACAUCUGAGUUGUCCUAUAAGAGUAAUUUAUUUAAUUUACCAGUGUUCUCAAAAUGUGCAUUUCUCUGUUUUCUGUGCCAUCAACAGGUCCCCACAGCAAGCUAAAUCAGAGAAAGUAACAGGGUAUACCUGCAAGGCUACACCCAAAGAUACAUUUAUCAUCACUAUAAUUAAUUCAAUAUUAGGUGAAGUAUGUCCUUCAUGACCCAUAACAGAAUAGUUUUUAUUUUCCAUUGUGGCAUCCAUCACUGAGAGAGUUAGUCUCCAUCACCAUGUUGGCUUCACCAUUAGGAAAGUGGCCCAUUCUCUCACCAUGUUGGCAUCACAGCCAGUCAGAACUCAACCAUAGAAGAAUACUGCAGUGUUAUCAGAGUGAACCCAGCAGUUCCUUAUCUGCUGCGUUUAAACAAAGUUUUGUUUGGGUUGGCUGAUGUUAGUCAGACGUGUCGUGGCGGUCGGUCCCAUUUAAAAGGCAUCACAGCAGGGUGAACUGGGUGACACCCCUAAUAGGCCAAGUAAUGAUUUUCACAGGGGGAAAUGGUUGUAUUUGGGUUGAUAGUGCAACCAUUUUGUAGUUUAUUUCAGAUAGAGUUGCAGGUGAAGGCUGCUUCUGCUUCCCUUCUGGGUUUGACUCUACGCAAAAAUAUUUUUAUUGGCUCCUCACUGUCUUACAGUGCGGCAAUUCUGAGCUGAAGAUGGAACAGUGGCGUGGUCCAUUCUCAAAUGUUCUUAACAGCAGCAGGAUGACCCCACAGUUGAUACACAUUCAAAGACUAUAUACUAUAAGCCUGAGUAAGUGUCUUUCUUUUGGGUAAGAGGAGAGGAGAGAGAAUGUGAGGGAAGGAGACAGGAGGAGGAGAAACACACUGCAAUAGCACAUGCUAUGGGACAACCACAUCUGCUACAGAUGUUGGAGAGAAGCGAUAAAAUCACUUUGUACAGACUCCUGGACUUUGAUGUGUGUGCGUGUGUGUGUGCGUGCAUGCGUGUGUGUGUGUGUGUGUGAGAGAGAAAAAGAGAGGGAAAAAGAGAAAGAGAACAUCAACAGAAAAUAUGAAAAGGUCAGGAAUAAUGAGAAAGUGGAAAAGAAAAGAAAAUAAUAAUAGAUGGGCAGAUCACUGAUGCAACAGGCCUCUGUUUGGAACAGCAGCUGGUUAUAAAGAAGACAACAACACCAUAGUAACUUAAUAGAUGUUUGAUAUGAUCCACAGGCACACCAUGGCUGAUCGUAUUCCAUUGAAAGAGAGAGGCUGCGUCCGAAAUGGCAUCCUUUUCUCCCCUGUAUAAUAUAAAAGUAGUGCAUUAUAUAGGGAUUAGGGUGCCAUUUCAGAUCACUAGAGAGAACGCUUUGGUUGCUCUCAUAAUGGCUUUAUUCUGUUGUUCUUCAGUUUCCUGUUGUUAGAAAGAAAAUAAAAGCUUGUUGACUUUCCCGUUUCCUCUGCAGUAAACAUUUAGCUUAGUUGGAUUGUCUCUGGCAGCGUCUGCUCUGGUUUGGCAUCAGACCAAUGAUGAGCUCACCGAUCUGAGGAGAGCAGGAGAGGAGCGAGGGAUCGACGACCUAGCCAAGUGGUGCAGCAAGCACUACACAGGUGAGGUAACACCCCUGAAAUCAGCAGGUUGGUACGCUCCAAAGACGGCAUAG